GCCGAUCGGGAGAGGGAACCGAGGCGGCGGGGCUCACCCGGGCCGACAGGUCGGCCGGGCGCGCUGGCCAUGCUUCUAGACGCGGGGCCGCAGUUCCCGGCCAUCGGGGUGGGCAGCUUCGCGCGCCACCACCAUCAUUCGGCAGCGGCUGCAGCGGCUGCGGCCGCCGAGAUGCAGGACCGGGAGCUGAGCCUGGCGGCGGCUCAGAACGGCUUCGUGGACUCGGCCGCAGCGCACAUGGGCGCCUUCAAGCUCAACCCCGGGGCGCACGAACUGUCUCCUGGUCAGAGUUCGGCGUUCACGUCGCAAGGACCGGGUGCUUACCCGGGCUCGGCUGCGGCUGCCGCUGCUGCCGCGGCACUAGGGCCCCACGCCGCGCACGUUGGCUCCUACUCCGGCCCUCCCUUUAAUUCCACCCGGGACUUCCUGUUCCGCAGCCGCGGCUUCGGGGACUCGGCGCCGGGAGGCGGCCAGCAUGGGCUCUUUGGACCGGGCGCGGGCGGCCUGCACCACGCGCACUCGGACGCGCAGGGCCACCUCCUCUUCCCGGGCCUCCCGGAGCAGCACGGGCCGCACGGCUCUCAGAACGUGCUCAACGGGCAAAUGCGCCUGGGGCUGCCGGGAGAAGUUUUCGGACGCUCGGAGCAGUACCGCCAAGUGGCCAGCCCGCGGACCGACCCCUAUUCGGCGGCUCAGCUUCACAACCAGUACGGCCCGAUGAAUAUGAACAUGGGGAUGAACAUGGCAGCGGCCGCAGCCCACCACCACCACCAUCACCACCACCCUGGUGCCUUUUUCCGCUACAUGCGACAGCAGUGCAUCAAGCAGGAGCUCAUCUGCAAGUGGAUUGACCCCGAGCAGCUAAGCAACCCCAAGAAAAGCUGCAACAAAACUUUCAGCACCAUGCACGAGCUGGUGACCCACGUCUCCGUGGAGCACGUCGGCGGCCCAGAGCAGAGCAACCACGUCUGCUUCUGGGAGGAAUGUCCACGCGAGGGCAAGCCCUUCAAGGCCAAAUACAAACUGGUCAACCACAUCCGUGUGCACACCGGAGAGAAACCCUUUCCCUGUCCUUUUCCGGGCUGCGGCAAGGUCUUCGCGCGCUCCGAGAACCUCAAGAUCCACAAAAGAACCCACACAGGGGAGAAACCUUUCCAGUGUGAGUUCGAGGGCUGUGACCGGCGCUUCGCCAACAGCAGCGACAGAAAGAAGCACAUGCAUGUCCACACCUCAGAUAAGCCCUAUCUCUGCAAGAUGUGCGACAAGUCCUACACGCACCCGAGCUCCUUGCGGAAGCACAUGAAGGUCCAUGAGUCCUCCCCUCAGGGCUCCGAGUCCUCCCCGGCUGCCAGCUCUGGCUACGAGUCGUCCACGCCCCCAGGGUUGGUGUCCCCCAGCGCAGAGCCGCAAAGCAGCUCCAACCUGUCUCCGGCAGCGGCGGCGGCGGCGGCUGCAGCGGCGGCGGCGGCAGCCGCGGUGUCCGCCGUGCACCGAGGCGCUGGCUCUGGCAGCAGCGGCUCCGGAGGCGGCUCCGCCACAGGCAGCGGCGGGGGCGGCGGGGCGGGCGGCGGGGGAGGCGGCAGCUCUGGAGGGGGCAGCGGGACAGCCGGAGGCCACAGCGGCCUCUCUUCCAACUUCAAUGAAUGGUACGUGUGAGGGGCCAGGCCUUUCUCCCAUUCCGUGUUGUCUCCUCCACCACAGCCCUCCCAAAACCCACCGAGGGCACUCUAGGAUCGUGUUGUUAAAAUCAUGAAUCUGAUUUUUAUGGUGAUGAAAAAGAUUUUACCAGCAGAAGGAUUUUUAAAAGUUUGUUUUUUUUUUUAAAUGAAAAACAAUCUAGGCAUGAAAAGCAAAAUCUCUCUGUGUCUCUGAAGCUAAAAACAUAAAAUAAAAAUUUUAAGAAAAUAAACUCCAAAAAUAUAGAGCCAAACUUCCUAGCAACCCCCCC